GCUAACCAAAAACGCGCUUCUCUUAAUACUUCUUCCUGAAUUCAUCUUGAAUGUUCUGAGUCUCGAUACAAUGCAUCGCAGCGCUAUUUUACGAGAGUAAAACGACAUCCAUACAUCUUCCUUGCCGGAUAAUCUCGUCUCGGUGCAAGCUGAAACUUAUCCAGUUAGCUUAGCUUGUUAGCUGCUAUACGGCGACGCGAUUGUUAGCAACACGUCGCCAAGUAGAGCUUGGAUUGCGAUUAUCGGGUGGAAAUGUGUGCAAAAAUGGUGAAAGAAGACUACGAGGAGGAACUUCGAACAAACGAGCGACAAGGUCAAGUACCAGACGCUGUUUUCGAACAGCCUCAAGAUGAACUCCAUGGAGCAGAUGUCCAUGAAAAAUAUGUUCUGGCGCCAGAACUCUCUCACAUUAAAUAUGAAGAGGAGGAGGAGGAAGAAGAGGCGGACGAUAUAGCCAAGUUGCAGUUGACUGUUGCCCCUUUGAAGAGUGAAGAUGAAGUUAAAAGUCAAAGUGAGGAGAUCGGAGGGGCCGAGCCUCCGAGCGGCAGCUCAAGUCAACACACGACACGCGAAGGUUAUAGAGACCACUGUGGAGGAUCGCAAGCAGACAGCCUCUUCGCACCACUAUCAGAUAGUGACGACACAACGUCGCCUGACUCUGACGGGGAGGAGCACUCUAAAGGUGAGAUGACAUGCCACACUGACGACAAACGGUUGGAAUGUUGUCAGUGUGACAAAACGUUUGGAACCGAGACCGAUCGGAAAAGACCCGUGAUGCUCCACAAUGGAGAGAACCCUUUUGUCUGCUCAUUUUGCGGUAAAAGCUUCUCUGUAAAGAGAAGUUUAUUAAGGCACACAAGAACACACAUUGAGGAAAAAACCUUUGGCUGUGCAGUGUGUGGUCAACGAUUCACAUGGAAGGGACAUUUGAACACACACAUCAGAACACACACUGGGGAGAAACCUUUUGCCUGCUUAAUUUGUGCCAAAAGAUUCUCUGAAAAGGGAAACUUAAUAAAACACACAAGAACCCAUACUGGAGAGAAACCGUUUGCCUGUUCAGUUUGUGGUCAAAGAUUCUCUGAAAAGGGAAACUUAAUUAAACACUCAAGAACCCACACUGGAGAGAAACCUUUUGUCUGCUCUGUUUGCGGUCAAAGAUUCGCUUGGAAGGGAAACCUAAGAGCACACACGAGGACACACACUGUUGAGGAACUUUUUACUGGUUCAGUCUGCAACUUUAGUUCAGCAUUGAAAGCUCGUCAUCCUGAGCAGCUAGAGUGGAGCGCUAGGUUGGAGCGGCAGGAGCCAGAGCUUCCCCAAAUUAAAGAGGAAGAGUUGGCGCAUGAUAUCACCAAGCUGCCAUUGACUGGUGUCAUUGUGAAGAGUGAAGAUGAGGAAGAAAAUUGUCAAAGGGAGGCGAACAGAGAGGCUGAGCCUUCGAGCAGCAGCUCAAGUCAACAUACGACAACGGAAGGUUACGGAGACCACCGUGGACGAGCACAAGAAGAGAGUCUCGCAGCUCCACUAUCAGAUAAUGACGAAGUAACGCCACACACGUUUGACACUGACGAGGAUGAGCGCUGUGACGAUGGUAUGACAUGUCACACUGACAACAAACACUGGGAAUGUUCUCAGUGCGACAAAAGUUUUGUCUACAUGUCUCUUUUGAAAAAGCAUAUGAUGAUCCACACUGGAGAGAAACCUUUUAGUUGCUCACUUUGCGGUAAAAGAUUCUCACGGAAGGGACAACUGAACGCACACACGAGAACGCACACUGGAGAGAAACCUUUCAGCUGCUCAGUAUGCAGAAAGACAUUUGCUCAGAAGGGACAUCUGAAUGAACAUACAAGAACACACACGGGAGAGAAACCUUUUUUCUGCGCACUUUGUGGUAAAAGAUUCUGUGAAAGGGGACAUUUGAAGGCACACAUGAGAACGCACACUGGAGAGAAACCGUUUUCCUGUUCCAUGUGUGAUCUUAGAGUAGCUCAAAAGAGUACUUUAACCAAUCACAUGAAAACACACACUGGAGAGAAACCUUUUUCCUGCACAGUUUGCGGUAAAAUGUUUGCUCGUAAGGCACAUUUAAACAUACACACAAGAACGCACAGUGGAGAGAAACCCUUUUAGUCCGCUUUAUGCGGAAUGUCACGUGACCAAAACCGGUUCGCGGACUUCCUGUGUAUGCUUAACUACGGGCUGAUGACAUGAUGGCUUCAUGAAAAUAAGAAUAAUGCAUUCGCCUCGUGUAGCCCUUUUCAAGGGACUGAAAGACCCUUAACCCUUUCCACGCGUUAUUGAUGCACUCCACAGUCACACCCUAGCAGUUUGAACCCCAACUUUCAAAAAACAAAAAACAUUUGGUUUUCUUAAUGGCUGGUGUUCUCGGAUAAAGGUGAAUGCAUGUUUCUCAUUCACUUCUACGAAUGUGAUAUUUGUAAACAGGAACAAAGCCUGCGCAUUGGAAAUUGUCAUCUUUCCUCGCUGUUGAAGACGUCCUGUGGAAAACAAACGACAGUGUAGAAGUUUCGAAUGUCCACAGUUGCUUUUGACUUGUUUUACCGAAUGUGUAAGUUGGCUGUC